AAAUUGACAUUAAUGACAGUAAGAUAUUGACAUCCGAUUCGUGACAAUUAACUUUUAUUUACACAAAAGUUAAAAACAUGAAUUUAAUUACAAUUCCAUUAGUUUUCCUACUGUGCUUCGUCAACCGUAACAUCUGCAAUGCCGAGGGAAAUGUAGACGAAGAAAAUGACGGCACAGCUCGAUAUACCCUCGAAGGAAGGGUUUUCCCACUGUCAGAUACUCAGCAGAAACAGCCCCAUUGGCAAGCCCACACCAGAAUCCACGUAAACGGCGGAGAAUACCUCGGUUUCGUCAAGAAAGACGGCUCUUUCGUCAUCCACAACGUUCCAUCCGGAUCGUAUGUAGUGGAAGCCUUGCAUCCGGAAUUCUCCUUCGAACCGGCUCGAGUGGAAAUCAAUUCCAAAGGAAAAUUCCGGGCCAGGAGAGUAAAUCACCUUAAAACAUCCGAUGUCACCGUCGUGCCCUAUCCUUUACGAAUGAAAGCUUUAGGUAAAACCCGUUACUUCCAAGUGAGAGAACAAUGGCGCAUAACCGAUUUGCUGUUCAAUCCCAUGGUGAUGAUGAUGGUGCUACCUUUGCUGCUCAUCAUGGUGUUGCCGAAGAUGAUGAACGAUCCCGAAACGAAGAAAGAAAUGGAGCAAUUGCAAAGCAUGACCAAAUUCGAAAUGUCCGAUGUAGUCUCGAAUUUCCUGGCCGGUUCAGCGACAAGUCAAAGUCCGCCCGAUAGGGGUCAGGCUGCCAACAAGAAAAACCUGAAAUCGAGGAAACGGAUCGAAAAAUGAGCGUUGUCUAGUCGAAAUUUUAAUCGAACAAUUCAAUUAUAGGUGAUAAAUAGGUAAUAAAAUUAACUCGUUGUAUU